AUGACUUCAACACUCCAAACGCCCAGAAACUUACCAACAGAUUACCUAGAACGCGUCUAUGCCGGCGUCCUGGGAAAACUGGUGGGGGUCUACAUGGGCCGCCCCUUUGAAGGAUGGACACACCAACGCAUCCUCGCCGAGCUGGGCCACAUCCAUUACUACGUAAACGACAAACUCAAGGAGCCACUAGUCGUAACGGACGAUGACGUCUCCGGAACCUUCCAGUUCAUCCGGGCCCUCGAAGAACACGGCGUUUCCGACGACAUCACCUCCGAGGACAUCGGGCAGACGUGGCUGAACACGGUCAUCGAGAACCGGACUAUCUUCUGGUGGGGAGGACGGGGCGUGUCAACGGAACAUACUGCAUUCCUGAAUCUCAAAAGCGGCCUCCCUGCGCCGUGGAGCGGAUCCAGUCUGACGAACGGCAAAACCGUAUCUGAGCAGAUCGGGGCGCAGAUCUUCAUCGAUGGCUGGGCUCUCGUCUCGCCGGGGGCACCUGUCCAGGCGGCGAAGAUGGCGCGCGCCGCUGGCUCUGUCAGUCACGAUGGGGAGUCGGUUUAUGCCGCUCAACUGUGGGCCGCCAUGGAGGCUGAAGCUUUUUUGUCAAGGGAUAUAAACUACCUCUUGGAUAUCGGGCUGUCUGUUAUUCCUGAGGACUCGCUGGUAGCCCGCGUUGUUGGUGAGGUGCGCGAGUGGUGUAAAGUUGACGGCGACUGGCUCAAAACAAGAGAGCGCAUCGAGGCGAUCUAUGGAUACGACAAGUUCCACGGUGUCUGCCAUGUGAUCCCUAAUCAUGCGAUUAUGGUAAUGACUGUGAUCUACGCCGGCCAUGACUUUGAUGAAGCGAUGCAUAUCGUCAAUACGUGUGGAUGGGAUACAGACUGCAACGCGGGAAACGUGGGCUGUUUAGUGGCUGUCAUGCUUGGUUUAGCGGCUUUUGAGAGGAAGUACGACUGGAGAGGGCCACUGGCUGAUCGAGCACUGCUCUCUACGGCCGAGGUAGGCUAUUCCAUCAAUAAUGCCGCUAGGAUAGCCAUCGACAUCGCCAACAUGGGCCGGCAACUGGCUGGACAUGGCCGUAUCCAACCGCCCAAGGACGGCGCUCACGUGAAGCAAGAGUUCGACGAAGAUGGAAACUCUGGCCUGGCAAUCCAUAUCCAAAACCUCCGAACCCCAACCACUCCAGUCGAAGUAUCGACUCCCGUCUUUGGAUCGUCCGAGGAGUUAAAGAUGACCUUGUACGAGUUCGUAGGCUCGCCGCUCCUCUACCCCGGCCAGACAGUUUGCGCCAAGUUCCGAAGCACCAUCCCAUCUGGUGCAGCCAAAAUCGGACUGCGGCUGCAGGUAUUCGGCGAGAGCGACAGCACCAGGAUCCUCGACGGGACUUCCACAACCGCUCUCUCCAGUACACUACAAUCAAUCACAUGGACUAUCCCAGACGUAAUGGAUGGCCGCCCAAUCCACAGAGUUGGCCUGUGCAUUCAGCCGACUACAGGCCCCGUCAAUGGGAUCGUCUGGCUAGAUAGCCUGCGCUGGGACGGAGCACCACGCAUGAUCUUCCGCCGUCCGUCCUCUCCAAGCCUCACCCGCGGCCAAGCAUGGCAUCGCUCCUGGAUCAACGGCAUGAGCAAGCUCCACACCGACAUGGAUUCCCACUCGUUCAUUCUAUCCCAUGACACCGGCGAAGGCAUCGCCAUGUACGGCACAAAAGAGUGGACAGACUACCGGGUCUCUGUGCCCAAGCUGAAAGUCAACCUGGGUGCGCCGGUGGGCGUGGCGAUCCGCGUACAAGGCCUGAACCGGUACUAUGCGUUACCACUCACCAACACCAAUUCAGGGGGACGUCGUGUGGCGCUCGUGAAGGCGAAGGAUGAGGACAGGAUAACGCUUGCUUCGGUGCCCUUUGAGUGGGCCUUGGAUGGCGAGUAUGACUUUGCGCUGGAAGCCCAGGGAGCGCGUAUUCGUGGAAGGAUAAAUGGGGUGGACAUCACUGCUUCAGAUGACCAGUAUCUUGGAGGUGGUGUUGGAUUGGUUGUUACUGAGGGUGCUAUCUGUGUUGACUGUGUUGGGAUCUCUCCUUGUGGACCUCGUUGA